AUGCGACUUCCAAGAGCUUUUUCUGUCGUUUUGGCCUCGGCCGCGAUUGUCUCAAGUAGCAUCGUACCACGCUACAAUAACGACAUCGGCUACAAGUUGCAGACAGGUCCCCUCGAUACACCUUGGACCGCCGACGUUGGCACAAAUCCAUGGCCUGAGCACCCUCGCCCAAGAGUCCAGCGAUCGCAAUGGAAGAACCUCAACGGCGUCUGGAGGUGGAGGAAUGUGACGGCUGGCCAAGUCAGCUCACCGCCCACGGGGCAAACGCUCGAACGCGCUGUACUGGUCCCAUCUUGCCUCGAAAGUGCCUUGUCCGGUAUCAUGGAAAAGGGCCAUCUCUACAGCUGGUUCCAGACGUCGUUCGACAUACCAUCAGAUUGGCCAACUGGAAAUCGCGUAUUGAUCAACUUCGGCGCUGUUGACUACGAAGCCACGGUUUUUGUCAAUGGAAAAGCAGUAGGAUUCCAUCGGGGCGGAUACUUUGAGUUUACCUUUGACGUGACCGACCACCUGUCGAACAACGGCACAAACGAGCUACUAGUGCACGCUUUUGAUCCUACUGAUACGGACCGAUAUCAAAUUCCCAUCGGCAAGCAAACUCUGACUCGCGAGGGCAUGAUCUGGUACACACCUUGUACGGGGAUCUGGCAAACAGUUUGGCUCGAAUCCACGCCCAAGGAGUACAUUACGAAGCUGGAUUUGGCUGCUGGAGCGGAUGGUAACGUAAAUGUCACAGUCCACAGCAGUACUAACAGCUCCACUCCAUAUCAGAUUACCGUCCACGAGUUGGGCUCAGAUGUAGCAAAGGCUACUGCUACAGGCAAUAGCGGUGCUCCGUUUAUCUUCAAAGUCGACUCUCCUGAUCUUUGGUCACCCAGCACGCCAACGCUGUACAACAUCACAGUCCAGCUAGCGGACGAUUUGAUCUCGAGCUAUACUGGUUUCAGAACUAUUUCUAGAGGCGUCAUUGAUGGUGUACAGCGCCCGCUUCUCAACGGGAAGUUUGAGUUCUUCUGGAGCCCUCUCGAUCAAGGGUUUUGGCCUGAUGGCAUCUACACCCCACCAACAGUAGAAGCUAUGCGAUAUGACUUGGAGAAGCUCAAAGAGGUUGGCUUCAAUGCGGUUCGCAAACACAUCAAGGUCGAGCCAGCGCUGUACUACAAGGCCGCGGAUGAGCUCGGAUUCCUGAUCAUUCAGGACAUGCCUUCUUUGCGUCCCGAUCUGCCAGAUCCAAACAACGCCUGCGGUAUCAUUCGGUUGGAGGGACCGGAUGCACAGCAAGAGUUCGACAGGCAACUGGGCUUGCUUGUUGAGCAACUCAAGAACUACCCAAGUAUCUUUGCGUGGACUAUUUACAACGAAGAGUGGGGCCAGUCGACAGAUCCAAGCCAGCCGUGGCCCGAGUUUGAGCUCACAGAUCUCGUGCGCUCCUUAGACCCAACCCGUCUUGUGAAUGCAGUGAGUGGCUGGACGGACCACACUGCUGGGGACUUCGAUGACAACCACCACUACUCCACACCACAGUGCGGCUCGCCGUUCUGGUCAGUCUCAGGCUCCGGUCCUUCUGGAUACAACUCUGCAUACGACCCAUCUCGCAUCGGUUUGCAAGGCGAGUUUGGGGGUGUCGGACAGCAACUCAGCUUCGAUCACGCCUGGUUCGACGAUCUGUCCAAGCAGACAGCCUACGAGCUUACAAACACAACUGAAGCCUGGAACUACCGGUCCUUGCAGAACAUAAUUCAACUCCGCGAGCAGAUCGAGUGGUAUGCUUGCUCUGGCGGCGUCUGGACACAGACCACAGACGUCGAAGGAGAGGUCAACGGUUUGCUGUCUUACGAUCGGAGGAUCAAUCGCAUGGACAAAGAGCUGUGGAGCAGCACAAUCCAAUCUCUCUACGAUGCCGCGGCCAAGCGAGGAAACAGCUCUGUAGUGAUCACGGGGAGAAACAAUGGCAUGAAUGGAAUGCAAGAGGUAUUUCCUUGA